AUGUACAUUAAACCGACGUUGCUUCUGGCUCUACCUCCCGACAAUUCCAAACUAACGCUGAUUCGCAUGCUUAUUUCUUAUAUUAGACCCAACUCUACCCUAAACCACCGUGAAACGAGAUCCGCAUUAUUCAAUGGAUCCGAGUCGAGAGAAAAGUAUCCAACAGGAGCCACACAGCUAGAUCUGGAGAGUCAGAACGAUGAAAAGAUCGAGGGGUUGACCAGCAAAGUGCGAUUAUUAAAAGAGACGUUUACUGCUUCAUCUUCUCUGUUGCAUCAGAUAAGUUUAAACAUCGGUGAGGCCGCGAAAGAAUCAAUAAGGCUAUCAGAGGGCAUGGCCACUGAUUUCUCUCAAACACGUACCUUGAUGGGCGGUGCUGUCUCCCGGCUAAAAAUUCUAUCAAAUGAUUCCGAAUUGCUUGUGGUAUGGAGAGAGAUGGAUUGUUGCGUUUCGUUUAAUGUGAUAACGAGGAAGUCGGGUGAUAAGAUGUGGAAUGGUUUACCGAGUAUUAUUAAUGAGACGGCAGAAAUAUGCUUUGAGAAUGCUCUGAGCUAA